CAAAUGAUUGAAGUUAAAACUCCCACAAUGUGAGUAACAGACAUUUAUAACCGCUGUUAUAAAAUGAUGGAAUAAUUAGCUUACGGUGUAGACAGCGCAUAGUUUGGGGUGAAAACAAAUAUAUGACUUAUCGCAGAAAAAUUGAGUGAUUUAGCAAAAACUAUUUUCAUUAAUGACUGUAAAUGUGUUUACUUCUCGGUACAAAUGAAUAAUUUAUAUCUGUAUUUAUAACAGUGUUUCUUCAAGUGCGUUACUUAUUGUUUUGAUUUUCUUCUAACAUCAGAGACAGUGGGAUUUAACGACAACAACAAUAACAACAACAAAGGGGACACAAUACAUGUUAUAUGUGAAGAUAGAGGAGACUUCACGACGUGAGAGUUAUAUUGGUAUGCUGAUUCAUUGUUUAGAAUCAUUAUUUGUGAAGAGUGCUUAGUGAAAGUGAAAUAAUUUGGAUUGAGUUGUUGCUGCGAAUAAGAAAAAAGAGUUCAUACAAACGAAACUUCAACAGAAAAUACACUGUAGACACUACGGGAUUUUUUUUUUGCGAUUUUUUUGGUCGCAAAACGCUUAAUAUACUGACUGUGUUUAAAUAGAACGAGAUAAGAGGGGAUCUCAAAAUAAAGUUAAAAUAAAAAAAAAAGUGAAAAGUGAAUCUUUGUGGAUUUAAAAGUGAUAUGCUAUAAUGGCGAGAGUGAAUUAUUGGUGGAAUUUAUUUACAAAAUUGACUAUAUUUUGGAUACAUGCUCGAACUGUCGGUGCGUUCAAUGAAAUAUGGUGGAAUUUAGGGAUGUCGGGACUAGACGCUUUACAAAAUCCAAAUUUAUAUAUAGUGGGAACCAAAACUAUGUGUAUUCAACUUAAAGGAUUGUCACUUGGACAACAGAAACUAUGUGGUAUAUAUAGUGACCAUAUGCCCAGUAUCGGGGGCGGAGCCCAAAUGGGCAUCAGAGAGUGUCAGUACCAGUUCAGAUUCCGGCGGUGGAAUUGUACUACUAUAAAAGGAGAUUCAUCCGUUUUUGGUCCAGUUUUACAAAUAGCGAGCCGGGAGGCAGCUUUUACUCACGCUAUAUCGGCGGCCGGGGUAGUCCAUGCUAUCAGCCGGUCGUGCCGCGAGGGGGAGCUGGGCAGCUGUGGGUGUAGUAGGGCCAUGAGGCCGAAAGAUUUAAAUAGAGACUUUAUAUGGGGAGGCUGCGGAGACAAUAUAGAAUACGGGUAUAGAUUUGCUAAAGCGUUUGUUGACGUCAGAGAGCGGGAAAAGAAUCAUCCAAGGCAUUCAGACGCUUUAUCACGCAUGUUGAUGAAUUUACAUAAUAACGAAGCGGGAAGAAGAGCUGUUUACAAUUAUGCAAAGGUAGCUUGUAAAUGUCACGGCGUGUCAGGCUCAUGCAGUUUAAAGACGUGUUGGCAACAGCUUCCAACAUUCAGAGAGAUCGGUGAGCGUCUCAAGGAACGCUAUGAUGGCGGUGUAGAGGUAAAAUUUAACAAGCGAGGAACGAAACUGAAAAGAAAACAUAAGAAAUAUAAUAAACCAUCAAAAGAAGAUUUGAUAUAUUUACAACAAUCGCCCGACUAUUGUCAGGCAAACAAAGACACUGGUUCACUAGGAACUAAAGGACGUGAAUGUAACAAAGGGUCGGACGGUAUGGACGGUUGUAAUUUAAUGUGUUGUGGGCGUGGCUAUAAUACAUUUAAAAAGACACUUGUUGAACGGUGUAACUGUAAAUUUGUCUGGUGUUGUCAUGUGAAGUGUAAAACUUGUGAAAGUGUUCAAGAUAUUCACGUGUGUAAGUGAUCCAUCUAAUAAAACAGGAUCUAUCGAGCGUAUUGAAAACACAUCAUGUUCAGAAUGAAUGUUAUUUAACAACAGAAAGCUUUUGAAACCUUAGAAAUGACAUGGAGAAAACCAUUUUAGAAUGAGAUAAUAACCAAAACACAUGGACACCUCAUAGACAAUAGACGUGUAGUGUGCAGGUCUUGAUUUACCCGCACUAAUCUUGGAUCAUUCAGGAACGGAGGGUUGAGUGAGAUUUGUCUUUUAUAUUUAUAUGCAAUGUGAUUAUAUUAUAUGCAACGUCUGACAGCGCGAUUUGUUUGUAAUGUGAUUUCCAUGUAAACAUUAUAAAACAUGAGACCUUACUGUAUGGCCAGUUUUUUUUUAUUUCACAUUUGUGCAAUAUGUCGAUAUGUGUAGCGGAAGUGUAUCUUCCAGCUCCUAGGACUGUUCCGGUUGUACUGUAGGAGAUCCUUUUCUCUGAUUAAAGACAACGCUCUGAAAUAAGGAACAGUUUGUUAGUGCACGUGAACUCGAACAUUUGUUCACGGAUUCUCAUCGAGUGGAAUGAAGAUUUUAAACAGAGAACGUUUCUAUGGAAACACAAUCCAAGAAAUGUUGACAUUAUCUCGUAGUUUCGGAACUGUUCCCUUAGGAAUAUGUACAGGCGAGAGUCGUUCCUUCUUUUUUAUAAUUUCGACAUGAAAAGGAAAGGCACGUUAUCCGCGUUACAGCAGAAGAGAGUUAGUCCCCUUUAUACAAAGAUGACGGGUAGACAUUGCCUACCCCUGAACUGAAUAUGUAUAUGAAAUUGUAUGUGUUUUACAAAAACAGUUAAAACACCAAAGAUCUGGUUGCACUAAGUGUGAUUAUAAAAAGCAACAGAUCUUUUAUUCUUAUACUGUAAUUUUUAUAUUAGAUUAUGAUAUUUAUGUCUCAGAAAUUUUGUUUUUAUAUCUGAAAAGAAUUGUAAAUAGUGAUGUAAAAAGUGUAUAUAUAUAUACUGUGAAGAGUUUUACAAUUUUUUAUCGUUGUUAUAUCAGUAUAUAUUAAAAUGUUUCGUGUUCAAACUAAAAAUCAUAUUAUAAAACAGGGUCAAAUACUUAGAAAACGUGUUAUGAUACUGAUCAUCUAGGUGUGAGGGUCAGAUAUGAUCGUUUCAUUUUCUCAAAUUUCGCUGAACGAAUAAAUGUUGUUUUAUUAUUAUUAAUUCAUUUUUUUUUUCAUUCCAAACCAAAUUUCGCAAAAAAAUCUUCGCUGAUAAAAAUAAAUAGAUUUUUGAAGUAACAAAAAAAUAACAGAAAUUAGGUAUAUCUAAAACAUCAACUGGUAAAUAUGUAUGUAUACCAAUAUGGAAGUGAAUGGUAUUUUUACAAUGUUACCAUGGAAACAAAGAAGAGAAACGUCAUCAAUCUCGAUUUUGUUUUGUUUUGUUUUUGUUUAUACGACUUACUUUGGCAUAUACCUCACAAUUUAAUGUAUUCAGACAGGGUCUGUCCAAUAGAUUUUUUUCUAUGUGAAAGCACCUUAUUCUGACAAACUAGAUGAUAAGUAUUGUUGUAGAUAUAGCUAUAGUGACGUCAUCUUUAGCGUGAUUACGUCAUGCGCGGUACAUGCAUCUCUUCUAUUAUCAUCAUUUCCGGAAAAAAAAACACCAUAAGAUCAUGCUGAAAAAAUUAUCUUGACAAGGUUAGUGAAACAAACAAUUUUGCUUAAAAAGAACAACACGUUUUUUUUAAAACACCAUUUAUAUUAAUUGAUUUUGAUAUGAAUGAAUAAAAUGAAAAUACUUACGUGUAAUCAUGUUUUUGAUUAUAUGUCUCAAAAACUUUCGUAUCUCAUUUAGAAAAAAAGACCACGAACAUUUCUUUUCUGUAAUUUUAUCUGCCAUAUCAUUUUUGUAAUUUCAAUUACAUUUUUUUCUCAUGAAUAUUUGAAAAAAAAACUAAACUUAAUUACAUCAACACAUUAGUUCUCUAAAUAUAGAUAUAAAAAUUUCACACAACGAAAGUUUUGUAAAGGAAAAAAAUAACAUACAGAGAAUAAAAAAAAGAUAUAAGAAAAAUAAUAUCUUGAUAAAAUUGUUGACCAAUCAAGAUUUUGGUAAAAAUUAAUAAAGAAAACAGCAUGAAAAUAUUUGUGAGUGUAUAAACAUAUUUCGAAUUCUUUUCUUUUAUUUUCGAUGUUAUAGCUAUUAGUUUUGUAAUUACAUUUUGUAUUUAAUAUUUAUUGCGUCCUCCAUCAAUAUUCAUCAACUUUUCAUCAACUAGAAAAAAUCAUGGGUUAUUUAUUACAUUUUUUUUCUUUUGAAAACGAAAACUGUUGCUUUGUAGAACGAUGUGGUUGAAUUAAGAAAUAAACGAUAACUAUUUUUUGGCUUUAAAAUAUGAUUCAAGAUGAAAACAAGAAAUUUAGUAAAACCGUACCCGGUCUCUAAGUUCACUUAUUUAAAUAAGCCUUUAUUUUUUUGAUAACAAAAAUCAACUUGUUAAAAAGAAGUUCAACAUUUAUAGAAUUCACAUAUCAUUUUUAUCAUUUGUUACAGCGUCAAAUGUUUGUUAUUUUUGUUUUGGUGAUAAAUUUAUUUCUAUUUCUAAUUUUGUUUAUAAAAAAAAUAAUUGGCCCAUAAAUACUUACAUUGCACUUCAAUAAAAAAUAAAAAAAAUAACAUGUA